AACCACACAGAGCAGCUCUUAGAUGGAAACAAAAUGAUCAAACAGUAAGGAAAUUGAGGAAAAUAAAUGUCUAUGAGCUGUGCCGCAUUUAAGGGAGAGAUAAGGCAAUUCGAGAAAGUACAUCUGAGACCCAGCUGUCAGUGUAGAUAAAACUCAUAAAUUGAACUGCUUUAAAUGAGGUUAAAUUUAGAUAUUACGCAAUAAUGUAGUUUUCCAAAAAGAAUAAAAUAAAAAAGAAUAAAAAAAUAGAGGAGCUAAUGAAAUCACUCCCUGUACAAAUCAAGUUUUUCUGGAAGCGAGGUUAUGAAAACUCAUCCUCACUCUUAUCUUUUUUCAAGGAUUUAUGAGUCUUUAAUGAACGUAGUGUGGUCGGUGUGAAAAAAGUUUUGUGAGGUCAUAUAAGUGCCCAGCGUCUGGCGCUGCAGGGCAUGGAUCAUUUCCUGACUCUGGAAAUUGAGUCAGAGUCAAACUGUGUCCUGCCCUGGCUUAUUACUGGCUGAGAGGAUCGCCCAUCCCAGCAGCAUAAUUCCAUCUGGGCUAAAUAUUUAUACAGAGGGGGAACGACAUCACUUAUCCACAACACAUUCAUUCACGUAAGGGAGAGAGCUGCUUCCAGAGGAGAGUUAGAGUGAUCCACUGUAUUUGCCAGAGGAAUUUCUCGUCUUUUUACUGAUAUCUACUCAAACCAGCUUUCAGGAGAAGUUUUGACCGACUGAAGGACAAAAUGAGCUUCUUUAUCGUCUUUUUUUGUUUGAUUCUCUCCUUUUAUCAGAUUGGGAGAAAUCCUGUCAGUGGUGAGUAGGCUUUAUUUUAUAUUUUGCCAAAGUUUAGUGACUAAGUAAAUCCCUGCAGUUAUGAUACUCAUAAGCUUCUUUCUCCCAUAUGUUUAUAUUUGUUUAGAUGCCAUCUAUCUCAUCCUUUUUACAAAGUAUGCAUCUCUUUUCAAGUUUUCAAGUUAUACUAUGUGCUCUGCUUUACAAGUGUAGUAUUAACCACAACAAAAUUACCUUGUUAGUAGAAAUAGCACUUCAUAAUGAUAUUAAAAACAUACUACAUCUUAAUGAAAAGACAGCUAUCUAAUACAUAAUACUUAAUAAAGUCUAAUUCACAUUAAAUGAAUGAUUUGAUAUAAAUGUAUUAUUUGUACAUAUGUGUGGCAAACUGACUUGUUUCAUGUAUACUUGUGCUCCUCUCUCCAGCUGGGAUAUGCUGGCUGCAGCAGAGUCAGGACCAGAGAUGUGACAUGGUGCUGAUGAGAGGAGUGACCAGAGACGAGUGCUGUGCUGGAGGUCGUUUGGACACAGCCUGGUCCAACUCCAGCCUGCCAAUGAAUGAAGUCAGCCUGCUGGGCUUCCUGGGAAUCGUCUCCUGCAAACCCUGCAAAGGUAAACAAGCAAACCCCUCACAGAAGUGACCGGCCGGAUCGGCCAAGAAGAUUGGAUCAGUUUCUUUUGUUUUGUUUUUGUUUAUAACUGCGUGUGGGGUUCUCUUAGUCACCGCAUGGAUCCAAGACAUUAACUUUGGUGCCUUAAGCUCAAAUUCUUAACAGGCUCUCUGUGAAUAAACAUCCUGAAAAAUGUUUUACCAGACCCCAGUAAAAGCCAAUGCCAUUUUUAUGUCAGAUGUAAUUUUAAGGAAAGGUUUUUAGGAGCUGCUUGAAUAUCAAUUGCAGACUCACAACAUGAGAUCUAACUUCUUCAAUAUUUGAUGUUCCAUGAACCAAAAUAAAUUUCGCGUCUGAAGUGAGUGAAAGUUAACUCGAACCACACCAUUUGUGAAUCAACACAAUGUGUUCCCUGUGCAGCUUUCUAACAAAAUGCAGACGUGGAUUCAGGAGACACAUUCCUCUUAACUCCACCCAGCUGUCUUAAGAAGCUUCUCCCCCUGAAAAUCUCUACAAGGUUCAUUCAGGUUCACUUGCAAAUAAAUUCACUUUUUAUUAACCACACUUGUACUAUUCCAUCAUAGGCCCCAAACUGCAAGUUUCUCCAAGUCGAUAAAAAUAUAUUACAUUGUAUUUUAUGAAAACACCCAGAUUUUUUAUUUGACAUUGGUGGAAUAAACUAAAGGUGGGCUGCAUUUAGAUAAAAUUCAUAGAAGCUGAGAGACCACAGUAAUUAAAGCCUAAAAAAAAAAAAAGUUCUCGUAAAGCUAAACAGCCAUAUCACAAGGACAAUUAAUGGAUUUGGAACAAUCAAGCCCCUGUUCCUUUACCCUCCCCUCUCUCAUUAUGUGUUCACUUUGUCUGAAGCUAGUUAAAAAGGAGCCCAGCUUGCCUUCAUGGGUAAAAUAAGAAAAUACAUUCCUGCAGGCUGGAAUAAAAGGCUGCCACAUGCCCAGAUGUCUGGGACUCAUAAUGUGCAACACUUUCUGCAUCAUUUGGAAUUCUGUGGAAAGAAAACAUCAUCAACAUAAAAAAUGCGUACACAACAGGAGAGAGAAAGAAAGUUAAAGAUGGAAAUCAACAUGAAGAUUGAGCAGGGAAGUCAAAAAAAAAAAAGAAAACUUUUGGACCAAACAGGAUAUUGAAGCGCUGGUAAAAACAGGAAAUAGGAAAUCAGUUCUUUUUUGUUUACAGCAGUCUCAGGCCCGAGAGCAGAUCAUCUCCAAAGACUCAGAAAGAUCCCAGGAGGAGAUCUGUGUGCAUUGUGUGAAGUUGCCUCUGCACUGUGUAGGAUUACAGUUCAUCUUUUGCUUUGACACGACAGGGUAUCGGAGGAGCCCGGGGCUUCCUCACUUCUCAGCCAGUAAACUUCUCUGACAGUUAUUUGAACUCCAUCUACCUCAGAGCCCCUCUAUCCCCCUGCAGGAGCUUAACCCAGUCUGUGAGCAGCCGUACACAUAGAUCUGUUAUGAAAACACAGCAGCCUCACAUUCCACCAGGCGAGACACCCCUGUGUGUAACGGUCAAUAAAGAGAUGUGAUUAUUAUAAAUAUUGUGCCAGGUGAAAAUUACAUUAUGGUCUGGGAAAACCCCAGAUCUCGGGCUUGUUUUGAAUGAAAAUGCCUGCGGAUCACCUGAUGUCUGCAGUUUUGUUAAUACAGUAACAUUACACUGAUAUCGUGCAGCGAUCACGCACAUAUGAAACCUCUGGCUGUGCUUUUGUAGAGACAUGUGAGGGAGUCAGAUGCAGUCCUGGAAAGGUUUGCAAAAUGAAGAUGGGGAGACCACAGUGUGUGUGCAAUCCAGACUGCUCUCACAUUACCCGGAAGCAUGCUGUGUGCGGCAGCGACGGAAAGUCAUAUAAGGAUGAGUGUUCUCUUCUGAUGGCCCGCUGCAUGGGUCACCCAGACCUGGAGGUUAUGUACCAGGGAGACUGCAAGAGUAAGCAAACAUUUGUAUAGUUUAUGCUAUUUUCUGAGUACAAUGUUACACACACAAAAGCCAAAUAUAUAUUUUUUUUUACUUCCUUUCAGAGUCCUGCUCCAAUGUGGUGUGUCCAGGUACCCACACAUGUGUGACUGACCAGACAAACAGCGCCCAUUGCGUCAUGUGCCGCACAACUCCUUGCCCAAUCCCGAUGCCAUCUGAGCAGCCAAUCUGCGGCAACGACAACAUCACCUACCCCAGUGCCUGCCACCUCCGCCGAGCCACCUGCUUCCUGGGCCGCUCCAUAGGAGUGCGCCACUACGGUCACUGCAACAGUAAGGCCUCAGAAACACUUCUGCUUGUCUUUCAAUACUUAUUUUACUUCUUUGUAAUUUCUGAAUAAGGUUUUUGAAUCUUUCUUUUUGUUGUGAUUUGAUUUUUGGUACAGAUCCCCCCCGGAAAUCCCACAACUUUGAUGGCAGCGAGGAAAACGCGGUCUAAUCGGAUAACUCCUGACAGUACUGUUAAUUUCAUUUCCAAGUGCCACACCACGAGCUUCCCACCAUGACCUCUUUUUUUGACAAUCACUCCCCUUGCCCUUUGUGCCCAGAAUGACCAUACAGUUGGUAUAAAAGUCCAUUAUUGCGAGACAUAGAUUAGUAAUUGUAACUCAAGAAGAGCUUCAAAAACCUGCAAGCAAUUUACGUUUAUCUUGUGCAAGUUUGGAAAGUACAGGCAGACGAACACGUGAGCUCUUUGGGAGAUGUGUGCAUAUUGUAAAUAGAAUACCACUACUAUUUAUUGGAGAAGGUAUCAAACUCUAUUUAUGUUUUUAUCCUAGUAACAAAUCCAUAUAUCCUUGGGAAAGCUGUUGGAAAAAAGUAUUUAUUGUGUUUUGGUCUUUGUGUUUGAGGCCUCUGGCAUUCCUGUAUUACAGUUUUGUUUUGUUUUUUUACACUUUUUACAGUCUCCACUCCCCUCAAACAGUUUUCCCCUCAAAGCUGACGAAAAGCAACACCAAUUUGUCUAAAGAGUUGGUACCACUUCAUAGUCGGUCAGUUUGGUUCCAGUUUACCACAAACAAUAACAGGACAGUUGUACUGUAUGUACACUAGCUCUCAUGUGGAGGUGAGUAACAGAUUCAGCCUAAACAGACCUUUGUAGUCUAAACAUGUUUAUUCUGAAUCCUGAUCCAAACUCCCAGCAACCCGCUCAUCACUAUAAAUAACAGUUUGGUUGUGUUUGUAAGAGUUUAAGAGUGUUGGUACGACCCCAAACACUCUACAAUACCUCCUCUGUUGAGGGUCUGGCUUUCCUAAAUGCAUUUACUGGUUCAUUCCAAUGCUGUUUGUCUGCUUCGAUUUGAUGGAAAUCUCUUUUAAAGACAACUCUGUACAGACAAAUGUAAUUAGAAAUGUCUGUCUGAAAGGAGAAUUAUAUUAGUCUGAGAAUUUGCCUUAUUGAGGGCCAGCUGUAUGAACCAGAUGAUACUGCCAUAUCAUGGGUGGGGCAGUCUGUUUGUUGUUGACGCUGGUAACCUGGGAGGUAUGAAACAAAUGGCGAUUUCAGAUGUUUAUCCUUCAAUUCAAAGCAGACAAAAAUCCUUGUAUCCUGUAAAUACCAGUCUCAUGUGUACCUACCUGUGUACCUACUGUGAAAUUUGAAUGAUGAAUGCAUCAACAUAUUUUUGUAUUUUUGUACUGCCUUUUCAAAAACAACAUAAAGUUUAAUGUUUGUCACAA